GUUCCUAUCCCUUCGUAGUUCGGCCAUUUUUUCCUUAAAGUCAUUUAAACAAAAAAAAAAUAAAAUCUCAUAUAUUUAUAAGUGUUUAAGGAUAAUAUUUGUUAAAUAAAGUAUACAUAACUGAGUGCUCAUUAGGAAGGGAUUAAGAAGAACAUUUUGUGGCCGAAAUAAAUGGAAGAUCCCAAUCGAAUGAUGGCACAUAGCGCUUCCAAUUCUUCAUACGCACAAGCCUAUGGAAUGCCAAGUGAUUCCGCUGUUGAUGAUCCGAGAAAGCAGGAUAUUGGAGAGAUUCUCCAACAAAUUAUGAACAUCACUGAUCAAUCGUUGGAUGAGGCACAAGCACGAAAGCAUACAUUAAAUUGUCAUCGAAUGAAACCUGUACUAUUUGCUGUAUUAUGUGAGAUUAAGGAAAAGACCGUUUUGUCAUUGCGCAAUACACAAGAAGAAGAGCCUCCAGAUCCGCAAUUAAUGCGUUUAGAUAAUAUGUUAAUAGCUGAAGGAGUUGCUGGACCUGAAAAAGGCGGUGGAGCCGGUGCAGCAGCAUCUGCAUCGGCAGCAGCAUCAGCUUUGUCAUUAACAGAGGACUUUUCUGAUAUGGGUCCAUCACAGGACAACGCAAUUGAGCAUUCGGAUUAUCGUGCAAAGUUGGCUCAAAUUCGUCAAAUUUAUCAUCAAGAAUUGGAAAAGUACGAGCAAGCGUGUAGCGAAUUUACCACACAUGUUAUGAAUCUUUUACGUGAACAAAGCCGAACACGUCCCAUUACACCGAAGGAAAUUGAGCGUAUGGUCCAGAUUAUCCACAAAAAAUUCAGUUCUAUUCAGAUGCAGCUUAAACAGUCGACUUGCGAAGCUGUCAUGAUAUUGAGAUCACGAUUCUUGGAUGCACGUCGUAAGCGACGAAACUUUAGCAAACAAGCUUCCGAAAUUCUCAAUGAAUAUUUCUACAGCCACCUAAGCAAUCCAUAUCCAUCUGAAGAGGCUAAAGAGGAAUUAGCUCGAAAAUGUGGAAUAACUGUCUCGCAAGUAUCCAACUGGUUUGGAAAUAAGCGUAUUCGAUAUAAGAAAAAUAUUGGAAAGGCACAAGAAGAAGCAAAUUUAUAUGCAGCUAAAAAGGCAGCUGGUGCAAGUCCAUAUUCAAUGGCUGGACCUCCUUCGGGUGCCACAACUCCAAUGAUGUCUCCAGCACCUGCACAAGAUUCCAUGGGAUAUUCACUAGGAUCAGGUGGAUAUGAUCAACAGGCAACAUAUGAUGGUAGUAUGGGCUAUGAUCCCAUGCAUGGAGGUAAAGAUCGCGAUGACUUUUGAGUCAACUAAAUUUAAAAAUGUGAACAGCUAAUAAUUUUCUAUCUUUUAAUUAACUUAUAAAACAAAUUUUAAAUUCUUUGACUACACAUUCGAUAAAUGUGUUUUAUGAAUAUUAUAAGUUAUUAUCAAUUAUGUUCUAUUGAAAUCCACUAUAAGUUAGAAAAAUUGCAAUUAGAUUAAACAUUUAUUUUUAUUUACUUUUCUCUGUGGUUUUAAGUAGGUCAGAUUAAUUCUUUAUUUUUUAAUUAUUACUACCCAUCAUUGUACAUGCCAAUUAAAGUAUAUUUGGGGACAAAAAAAAAACCAAUUUAGCGUUUAGAAAAUGAGAGGACAAACAAAUAAUUCGCAUUAAACCUUUUUUAAUAUUAGGAAUUAAGCUAAUAUAUUUUCACAUACAUACAAACAUACUAAAAACCUACAAGUAAUUCUUUUCGUAAAGUAUACUAAAAAAACCAUUGAUGAAUUUAAUUUAAUUCAUGGAAUUUUGCUUUUAAAAUUUUGUAUGAUUUUCUGCAGAAUAA